CGUUCUCAACCUCCAGCUAGCUUACAACCUCCAAUUACAACGCAUCGGUCAUUCUCACCAUUUCUGUCAUCGUUGUAUCCAUCUCGGAAAGAGAAAAGCUUAAAAACUCUAUCUGCAAUUCGAAACUCAAUCCAAACACAUCACAUAGCGCACCAUGCCUAGCGCCACAGGUGCAAACUGGGAGAAGUACCAGAAGAACUACGCCGACGAGGAGGAGCCUGAGAAGAAGAUCACUCCUCUAUCAGAUGACGACAUCCAGGUGCUGAAAACCUACGGUGCCGCGCCGUACGCUAAUGCGUUGAAGAGGCUUGAGAAGCAAAUCAAGGACAAACAAACUAGCGUGAAUGAGAAGAUUGGUAUCCAGGAAUCGGACACCGGUCUCGCCCCGCCACACCUUUGGGAUGUUGCUGCCGAUCGACAACGUAUGCAGGAAGAGCAGCCGCUUCAGGUUGCAAGAUGUACAAAGAUUAUCCAAGAUGAGAAGGAUGCGGAAAAGUCCAAAUAUGUCAUCAACGUGAAGCAAAUAGCGAAGUUCGUCGUGAACCUCGGCGAGCGAGUUGCGCCAACAGAUAUCGAGGAGGGCAUGCGUGUCGGUGUGGACCGCAACAAGUAUCAGAUUCUUCUUCCUCUUCCUCCCAAGAUCGAUCCCAGCGUUACAAUGAUGACUGUCGAGGAUAAGCCAGACGUCACAUACGGAGAUGUUGGUGGAUGCAAAGACCAGAUUGAGAAGCUCAGAGAAGUUGUGGAAAUGCCGUUGCUCUCCCCCGAACGAUUUGUGAACCUGGGUAUCGACCCGCCGAAGGGAGCUCUGCUCUACGGACCUCCUGGAACUGGAAAGACUCUCUGCGCCAGAGCCGUCGCCAACCGAACAGACGCGACCUUCAUUCGUGUGAUUGGUAGUGAGCUUGUGCAAAAGUACGUCGGCGAGGGUGCAAGAAUGGUCCGAGAGCUUUUUGAAAUGGCAAGAACAAAAAAGGCUUGCAUCAUUUUCUUCGAUGAAAUCGAUGCCAUUGGUGGUGCCCGUUUUGAUGACGGUGCUGGUGGUGACAAUGAAGUACAGCGAACCAUGUUGGAGCUUAUCACUCAGCUUGACGGUUUCGAUUCGCGAGGAAACAUCAAGGUCAUGUUCGCUACUAACCGGCCUUCGACUCUGGACCCUGCCCUUAUGCGUCCAGGCCGUAUUGAUCGAAAGAUUGAGUUCUCCCUCCCCGACAUGGAGGGCCGAGCCAACAUUCUCCGCAUCCACGCCAAGAGUAUGUCUGUGGAGCGUGACAUUCGAUGGGAACUCAUCUCCCGUCUUUGCCCCAACGCCACGGGUGCAGAGCUUCGCAGUGUCUCCACGGAAGCAGGCAUGUUCGCCAUUCGCGCACGGAGAAAGAUUGCCACGGAGAAGGACUUCUUGGCUGCAGUUGACAAGGUCAUCAAGGGCAACUUGAAAUUCAACUCGACAGCUGCGUACAUGCAGUACAACUAGACGAGAUUUUCCCAUGUUUCGAGAGUUUGUCUCACAUUUGGUUGGGCAUGCCGGCUAGUAUUCGGGCACGGCGGAUUGUAUUUUACUUUUGCAUGGGGAACCCUUUUUUUUCUUUUCUUACAUCUAUAAGGUAGCAGGUAGCGUUUCCAUUCAAUGAUAUAUGGUGCAAAU